AUGGUCAUCACGUUUUCUUGGAAAAACAAGGAAAUAAACAGGGCCUGGCACCAGCAACUGCUGAGGAGGUGGGUAUAAAAGAGGUCUCUGAACCCAGGGGACAUCCAAACUCAAGAACCCCUCUCACCUGCCAACCAACCCAGAACCUUAAUCCACCAACACCAUGGUCAGCUCCUGUUGUGGCUCCACCUGCGGUGGCCAAGGCUGUGGCUCUGGCUGUUGUGGCUCCCGCUGCUGCUGCCAGCCUUGCUGCCGCCCCUGUUGCUGCAUUUCUAGCUGCUGUCAGCCAUGCUGCUGCCGCCCCAGCUGCUGUACUAGCUGCUGCCGCCCCUGCUGCUGCCAGCCCUGCUGCUGCCGUCCCAGCUGCUGUUCUAGCUGCUGCCAGCCCUGCUGCUGCCGCCCCUGCUGCUGCCGCCCCAGCUGCUGUUCUAGCUGCUGCCGCCCCAGCUGCUGUACUUCUAGUUGCUGCCAACCCUGCUGCCGCCCCUGCUGCUGCCGCCCCUGCUGCUGCCAGCCAUGCUGCCGCCCCAUCUGCUGCCAGACCACUUGCUGCAGAACCACCUGCUGCCGCCCAACCUGCUGUGGCUCUUGCUGCUGAGCUCUGCUGACCUCUCACACUGGUCUGCAAAUGCCCACCCUGCCCCCAUGCUCUCUCAGACAGCCAGCACAGCUUUUCUUCCACUGAUUCCCUUCAAAAAGACCUUCUUCAGGGCAAACAGAAUCACACUGUCAUCCAGGAGCGACCAUUUCCAGUGAUCGCUACCUACUCAACACCCCACUGCCAUCUUUCUCUUGCCUUCAUCCUCUUACAUGGACACCAAAUUCUCAAUUAAUUUAUAUCUAUGCAACGCGAUUCUUCACAAUUCCCCCACACCCUCAUUGUCUUCCUCGCUGACUUGGGUCACAAACUUUUGCUCCUUGAGAAGAGCAAUAUGGACCAUGUGUUGAGCUCACAAUGAGCUUUUCUUACUGAGCUUGCAAUGAUGUUUCUGAUUGGGCUUUGUCUUAGUGUUUGUCCAAUUCCAAAUAAAGUUUCCUGGAAAUGAAAGGAUUCCAGUGCCUUAGUGAAUUCUCUCUCUCUUCUCUCUUCUC